CAGCGCUACGUUAUCACAAAGAGAAGGAGAAGUCGAGAGCACGGAAGUACGACGGCACAUCGCCAGAUAUUAAGUUUGGGAAGUAUAUAUUAAUAUACCAAAAUGAAGAUCGAUCGCAGUAGAUUGAAAAAAUGCACUUCUGAAGUGCCUGCAGAAUGCCAGGCACUCAUAAGCAAACUACGCUCUUGUUCACACGCGGAGCUGCUAGAAGAACUAAAGCAGAUAGAUGCGUGGACAUUUGGGAAAUGUGAAUUAUUUCAUUGGAUUGAUGUCUUAGAUCUCAGUGACAGUAUUUUAGAAGAAGCUGCAGCAAGGAGUCCGGAUAAUCCAUGGGAAUUAGCGUGUGAUCUUCCUCAAAAUAGAGAGGCAAAAGAGCUGCUUCUUUGGGUUCUUCACUUUACAACAUUAUUAAUUGAGCAUUCAUUCUCACGGCAUUUGUACAACAGCAUGGAACACUUGGUUACUUUAUUAUCAAGUUGUAACAUGAAUGUAGUUCUUGGUGUAUUAAAUCUUCUAUACAUGUUUAGUAAACGCAGUAAUUUUAUUACACGUUUAAAUAGUGACAAACGACAAGCUUUACUCAGCAGGCUUAUUCACUUAGCAGAGAGUUGGGGAGGGAAGGAGAAUGGUUUUGGUUUAGCCGAUUGCUGCAAGGAAUUUCCGGAAAAACCAUUUCCAGCGAGUGCUACAACGUUACACUUUGAAUUUUAUGCAGAAAAUCCGACUGUAGCCGAACCAUCGGCAACUGGUACAUCACUCUCUAGUACAAAGAAAGUUGGUCAAAUGAAUCUUGUAACAUAUAUUCAUAUAGAAAAUGUUGAUAAACUUGGAAAAACCCCAGCACAGAUUAUGAACGAUCUGUUGAAAGUUUAUAACGUACCUCAGGAACGACAGAUGGCUCUAUUGACACACAUAAGACUAGCGCAUAGUUUUUCGGAUUAUCGAAGACGAUUGCAGUGCGUGCAAGCUCGACUUCAAGCAUUGUCCGUGCUUGUAUACAGCAACGCAUUACAGGAAAAUGCGCAUAGUCUUCUCCAUGCUGGACUUCUCGAAGAGCUGGUUGAAUUGUUGGAAUUACCACAUACACAUCUUGUUGAGAUUCGCGCAGCAGCAUUGCGCACUCUUACCAGUAUCAUACAUUUAGAUCGUAAUCCACACUUCCCUAAAAAACCAGGCUCGCGAUUAAACAUGAUUAUUGACGUUACUGGAGCUAGCUCAUAUCACGGCUUUUUACCCGUUUUAGUUCGUACUUGUAUAACAACAUUAACUUCGCCACAACCAGAUGGGCAACCCUUUCCUCUUCCACUUGCGACAGCUUUAUUUAGUUUUCUGUACCAUCUUGCGAGUUAUGAAGCAGGUGGAGAAGCUCUUGUAAGUUGUGGCAUGAUGGAGAGUCUCUUGAAAGUCAUCAACUGGCCAGGAAGUGAAUUGGAGCAUAUAACGUUUGUAACAAGAGCAGUGCGUGUCAUAGAUUUAAUAACGAACAUAGAUAUGCAAGGUUUUCAAACUCACAGUGGUUUAGCAAGUUUCAUCAACCGUUUAGACAUGGAAGUCAACGUAUGCAGAAAAGAACAACCGUUUGAGAUAGAACCACUGCUCUAUCAAGAUGCUCCACAAACCUCGCGUGAAAGAUCGGUAGAAAGGGAGGAGGGAUCUUCUACAUCACGCCGCGAACACGAAACUUUUGACGAACGAGAAGAAUCUUCUAAUCCUAUGGAAAUAUCGGAAGAUGAAAAUAUGAUUGCUAAAGCAGAUGAAAAGAGUGAACAACAGCCAGACUAUUCUGCUGCUAAGACUGGCAAAACAUGUUUACCGCAACGGGCAGCACUUUUGAAAUCGAUGUUGAAUUUUCUUAAAAAGGCAAUCCAAGAUCCGGCAUUUUCCGACAGUAUACGACAUGUUAUGGAGGGUACAUUACCAUCUUCUCUGAAGCACAUUAUAAGUAAUUCAGAGUAUUAUGGUCCUUCAUUAUUCUUACUUGCUACUGAUGUCGUGACUGUGUAUGUUUUCCAAGAACCAUCUCUAUUAUCAUCUUUACAAGAUAAUGGCUUGACUGACGUUGUACUCCAUGCUUUACUCAUAAAAGAAGUUCCUGCCACUAGAGAAGUAUUGGGCUCUUUACCUAAUGUGUUCAGUGCACUGUGUUUAAAUCAACGCGGUCUUGAAUCUUUCGUGAAGCGGCGACCAUUUGAGCGCUUAUUUAAAGUACUUCUUUCACCUGUUUAUCUCUCAGCAAUGCGACGGCGACGAAGUGCCGACCCAUUAGGCGAUACAGCUUCUAAUUUAGGCAAUGCCAUGGAUGAAUUAAUGAGGCAUCAACCAAGCUUAAAAGUUGACGCUAUUGCCGCUAUUAUUAAGUUACUCGAAGAGCUGUGUGUAUUGGGCUGUGAUCCACGAUACAUAUGCUGGCGUGCAGCUAGUAAAUCUGAAAAUUCACCUUCAAACACAGCUUCGGGAAAUCGUCAAACAUCUGGUCAAUCAGUCGGUGUUGGAGUAGGAGAUUCUGGUGGUGGUGGUGGAGGAGGCGGCGGAAGUAGCAGUGAUGAGGAGGAAGAAGAUGAGGAAGAAGCGAGCACAAGCUCGCAUCCUCAACGAGAGGAACAACCCAGCAUGUCACCUCCGCAGCCUGGACCGCCACCUCAACCGAGAGAAAAGACUCCCAUCGCUUUAGUGGAAUAUAUCCACAAUGUUAUGAAAUUCGUGGAUGCUAUUCUAAGUAAUAAUUCAACUGAUGAUCACUGCAGAGAAUUUGUUGGUCAAAAGGGACUCGUUCCGCUACUGUCAAUUUUGGGUCUACCUAAUUUACCUGUUGAUUAUCCUGUUGCACAAGCGGCUCAAUCUGUAGCCUCAGUAUGCAAAAGUAUUUUGAAUCUCGCACAUGAACCAUUAGUACUCAAGACAGGUUUGUCGCAAUUAAAUGAAGUGCUAAAUUUGUUGAAACCACUUCACAGUAAUAUGGAAUCCCCUGGUGGUUCCGUCUUAUUACAUGAACUUGCAUCAGCUCCAAAUCUGGAAACUGCAUUUACAAGUGAUACUGCUACGCCGUUGUUACAUGCUAUGAAUGCAGCUCAUGGAUACGUAGUGAUGUUUGUUCAUGUUUGUCGUACCAGUCAAAGUGAUAUCCGAAAUCUUUCUAUGAAUCAUUGGGGUUCCGAAUUAGGUUUGGCUGUUCUCAAAGGUUUGUCCGAACUUUACAUGUCUCUUGUUUGGGAAAGUACUUUGUUGCUCGCGUUAUGUAGCGAGGAUAUUAUUCCGGCUGGAUGUGAAUUUGGCAAAGAAGAUAUGGACAAGUUGAUGCCACCCGAAUUAAAAACCGAAGGCGAACCAUCUUCCUCUUGGUCUGCUACCGUAUCUUCAGAUAUGGGAAGCAAUGGAAUGACAACAGCCAUGGAAGCUCUUAGCACAGAUCCUCCUCCAAUACCGAUGGAAGUAGAUGACAAACCAAAUGUGAACGAUAAACCAAAUAAUUAUCAGUUGAAAUACAUCAAACCAUUAUUGGGCGCUUCUUCAAGGCUCGGUAGAGCGCUUUCAGAAUUAUUUGGUUUACUGGUCAAACUUUGCAUGGGUUCUCCUGUGAGACAACGUAGAGGACAACAAAUGCCCUUAACGCCUACGUUGCCCUCUCAGGCGGCACGGAGCGUUGCCACUGCUUUGAAUUGCUUACUGACGCGUGGCUUGUCGUGGGAUAAAUUACCUCCAUCACCGAUUCCGAAGUUUAAACUUACUUUCCUUAUAUGUUCAGUGGGAUUCACCUCACCGAUGCUUUUCGAUGAAAAGAGACAUCCUUAUCACCUAAUGCUCCAGAAAUUCGUCAAACUGAAUGGUCAAAAUGCAUUUUUUUCAACUUUUCAUUGGGCGCUGUCGGGUGGAGGUCAAUUUGCAUUGUCCGAUGGAUUGGAACACCCUAAUCUACCAGAUGGAACAGGUGAAUUUCUGGAUGCUUGGCUGAUGCUGCUGGAAAAAAUGGUCAAUCCUAAAGCCAUCUUGGAUUCGCCUCACGUGGUCUCAUCGAAAUGUACGGGAAUAUAUAAAGUAUGUGAAACGUUCGAUCCAAUAAGAUACCUUAUCGAUAUCCACAAAAAAGCUUUUGAAGCGGUAAUGUUAAUGUGGGGCAAAAAACCGCUCAAAAAUUACGGAGCCCGCAUGACAGAAUCCAUUUUAUCGAUCUUACGACAUAUUCUACGUGGUGAGAAGAUAAUCAAAGAACGUACAGAGAAGGAAGAGAACGGAGACGCCGCAAUAGCUAGCGGUAGCGGUGCGAGUGGUGUCGGCAGAAGCGGUGGAUCUGACCGCAGAGAUGAACCAGAGGCCGAUGUAAAUCCAGAAUAUCUGAGACAGUUGAUGGACAUGGGCUUCAGUCGUGCGCAUUGCAUAGAAGCGUUGUUGCACACAAUGACUGUGGAACAAGCUACCGAUUAUCUUCUGACAAAUCCCGCGACUUUACGUAGACCUGACGCUCCAGCGAGCGAUGCAAGCGGCCAAGGCUUGAUUAUGGAUUUGGAAUUGGCGGACGACGAUCAAAUAAUGCACGCUAUUGCGAUGUCACUUGGUGAUACAGAUACGCGUAAGAUAUCAGGUAUCGAGGAGAUUCCUUCCCGUGAAAUAACGAUUACGGAGAGUAUAGACGAGUUCACGCGUAGUGCGCUAGGACAGUGUCUCAAUCUGUUGGAUCUCAUGCCGGAUACAGUGUAUAGGAUUUGCGACCUAUUGGUGACGAUCACGAAGCGAAACGGUGAUGAAUGGCGGGACGAUACGUUGCGGCAGUUGAUACGUGAGGUUGGUCAUUUAGUAGACUAUCUGAUUGAUAUCGCUGAGAGCCAGGACGAGAACGCCGGUGCGCGAUUAGUGGAAUGUGAGGAGGCAAAUAAGCUCUCCGGUCGCCUUUACCUCUACACUCUCUUUUUCGAGGGUUCGUUCCAAGAGAUGAGAGUGCCGUGUGCGCUUAUAGUAGAGGAAUGCGCGAUACUGGACAAACUUGUACGGUUAUUGGUGGUGAGCGAGGCUCCACUUACCGCGAAUAAGAACAGAAUCGCUAAGGACUGUAAAGAUACCAGCGCUGUGUUGAGCAUGAAGACACCAAAAUGGUUAGCACCAUUAUUACUUCUUAUUGAUCGCUUGGAGAAGGUGGCCACACUCACGCAGCGAAAACAAAUGAUGCAUAAGAUCACGACUCGUGCAUGGAAAUGGUUUGAUUUGAGUACAGGCAAGUGGACUCUCUAUUCACCCAUGAAUAAUCGAAUCAUCAAUGACGCGUACUGGGCCGGCGAGUCCAGUGUACGGAUAUCUUGCAGUAGACGUCGAUACCUUAUUACUUUUUCCUGCAUGACACAAGUGAACGAAGACAGUGAUAACAGACGACCUAUUACGAUGGGUUUCAAGCUGAAUACAGAUAAAGAGGACGGUGGCUCGGGUUCUGAUUCGAAUAUGGAUACAGACGAAAGUCCGGUAGGGGAAGAGAGACGAAACACGGUGGUCCAAGGAUUGGAUCCCAGCAUAGCACCGAGUAUCGUACGUGCAUGUGUAAAGUUUUUGGCAAUCCCGGUCGAUCGAGACGCAUUACACGCUGUAUUGAAGGUAUGCUUACGAUUAACGAGAGAUUAUCGAAAUGCGGAGGUGUUUGCACGUGAGGGUGGUGUCAAGUUACUUCUUGAAAUGACACAAAUGUGUAGUUUCACUGGUUGCAUUAAUUUGUGUACGUUACUGAUACGACAUACUCUUGAGGAACCGCGCACACUUCGUCUCGCAAUGGAGAAGGUUAUUCGUGCACGCACGCAGAGCAACAUACCUCCUGCAUAUAAAGAGAUUCUUUUCAUGACACGGCAAAUUAGUAGUGCCGUUUGUCGUAAUCCGGAAGUGUAUAAAGAAGUGUGCGAGAAUAUUCUUAGAGUUGACAUAAGUUGUUUAAAAAAAGAUGACGUUGACAAUAGGCUAGUCGUCAAAGCCUUACCUCCUAGUCAUUCUCCAGCAUUACCAAUGGUAGAAGAAGUAUCCGUAGGUGUUAUCCGUGAUAUGUUGAACGCCUUAAUUAAGCCAAUGCCGGUGUCAUCGGAUGAUGGAUCAGCCACUCCAACGAGUCCUGAAAAGAAGACAUUGCACGCAACAACUUCAUCAAUGGGUAAUCCAUCAUCAUCAUCAACAUCAUCACGACGAGAUGUACUGAGAAAUAACGCAACGACUACCAACGAUCCCUUGGAUGACGAUGAUCAAGUGUCACAAAUUAUUCCUUUAAAAAUCUAUACCGACAUUGGUAACAACAGCAAAGUAGAACCAGAAGAAGCGAAGAAGCCUAUCUUAACGAAGUCGGCGAUAUUGAAAAUACUGGCUGAAGCUGUGAGAUCUUAUGGCGCUGUAGCUAGUCUUAUUACCGAACAUACGUACAGAGCUGGACAAAGCGAGAUGGUACCUGAGGAUACAACAGCUUUAGCGUUCUUAUUAGAUAAACUUUUGCCAAUGUCUCCGGAAAAUUCAGGCGAUCGAACGUGCAGCAGCAUGGCAAGAAUGUUGAUUGCUGCUAUUGCAUCAUGCAAUCACUCGCCAGACGUACAAACGACUUUGGUAACUGAGGUGAAGGCAGCCUUGACGAGAACACUCGCGCUUCCGGAGAGUUCCGAGAAGCACGCACAACUUCAGCUAUUAAUUGGAUUGAUAUCCACCAUGAUCGACAGUUGUCCGCCCAAUAUGUCGCAUACUCAAUUGAGGGCUUCUUUAAGAGCUCAUCAAUAUAACAACGUCAAUUAUAUCGUCAGAAUAAUGCUUAGGAAGGGUAUAAUCACCGACCUGGCCAAAAUACCGCACAGUCUUGAUUUAUCGAGUCCGAAUAUGGCCGGCACUAUUAACGCCGCGUUAAAACCACUAGAGACUUUAUCGCGCAUUAUUAAUCAACCAAUGCCGGGCGCGGUCAAUAAUAAAUUUACAAAACCGAAAAAUAGGACAGUUCAAGAAGAACCGAUUGGAGAACAGACGGGCACUACGACCUCGGAAGCUACGCAUGCCGUGGGGGAGGAGGCCAAUGAAGACGCGGAAAAUACUGAACAUGACAUCUCUGUAACAGCGGAAAGUUUGGAACCCACUUCAGAGAGUCAGGUACACGAAGAAGGGGAUGAGGCUGCACUGGAGGAUAUCAUGGAUCAACUGCUUGAAAGUGUACUCUUUUCCAGGGACGGCUCGGCCGUGGCGGAAGAGCCAUCUUCUCGCCCGCAUAGGCCAAUGGACAUUGACGAUGAAAGUCUCGCGAUGCGCGACGCCGAGGGCGAUUUCGAUCCGACUCGAGAUACCACAGUAAGAGAGGACUUAAUGAGCUCUGAUUCGGAUUCCGAUAGCAAUCAGUCUGAUGAUAAUGAGGACGAAGUGCAGGAUGAUGAGGAUGAAGAAGAGGAAGAGGAAGAUGAUGGCGAAGAGAAUGAAGAAGAGGAAGAGGAAGAAGAGGAGGGAUCGUCCAAUUAUGAAGAGGAUGGAAUAGAUUUUUAUGAAGAUACUGGAGAGGGUGGUGUUUUUCGUAUGUUCCCCUCGUCCGAGCGCGAUGGUGGUAAUGUUGUAAUGAUACAACACAACAUUGAAAAUCAAGAUAUUGCAAAUACGUCAACGCCAGUUAAUACGCGACCUAGUCUUCCAUGGAAUACCACAUUCCCGUUACCAUUAGGUCUGUUUGAAGAGCCCCCUGCAGGUUCUGAGAACAAUGGCAUCAGUACUCAUCCACUGUUAAUAUCGCAAGGAAGUUUGGAUACUGCAAGUACUAGAACGCAACGUGCUUUACGACAUAGGCGGUAUCAGUAUCUCCAGUUAUCUAAUCCACGUAGUUCGAAUCCUCCUGUAAUAUUACAAAGGCUCCUAGGUCCUGCUGCACAGACUCUUCCCUUGUCUGCUAGUCAGGUUCUAGCAUCAAGUUUUAGAGAUACCCGUGUUGUCGUAAUGGAUAAUGGGCUGGGUAUAUUUACUAAUCAAGAAGAAGAACAGAUUGAUUAUGUUGAUCAAUCUGGAUAUCUUUUUGGUCCAAGUUUGGCUGCAACUUUAAAUAAUAUACCAACCGCAUUACAUUGGUGGAUCGAAGAAAGUAAGCAAUUAGAUGGAGAUUCUCAACCAGAUUGUUGCGUAGGUAUUGUCUACAAGUUGAUACCUGGAUUAGAAAAGCACAGAAAUGCCGAACUUGCCGAGCGCAAAGAGAAACGUAAAAAACAACAUGGAUCUGAAAAAGAAAGCGAAAAGGAAAGCGAGAAAGAUAAUAAAGAAGAAAAGGAACGUUCAAAUAAUACGGAAUCCACAUUGCCCAGUUUAACACUGGAUGAACAAAGGCCAUCUGCAUCGACCUCACAAAGACUCGAUGUCUUUCCACUUGUAGCCAGGGAAGAAACCGCUGUGGAAACUACAAGGCAGGAGCGUACUCCGGAGGAAGACAUUAUCGAUGUAACAGGUGAAAUGGAAGUGACGGUUCAAGAGGAUGAGGAACGGCCGCCUCCGCCACCACCGGAGGAACAGUCGACAUCUGACAGCAGAGAUCCUCGCACGGCAAAUCGGAAUCCCACUUUAGAGCUGGCUGAAAGUAUUGUCGACUCUGUGCUGGGACCAUGUACAUCUGAAGCGACCAUCAGACUAAACCUACAUGUGUCUAAUGACGCGCCUACGCAUCUUGCUCCAACAGGACAGUCUGGACGAAGUAAUACAGAAACGGCGAAUGCCGCCGAAUCAUCCAAUCGCUCUUCUACCGCUGCACCAUUAGUAGUAGAUUUCGGUCAAGAAACUAGUGAGGAUCUGUCGAGAGAGAGCAACGAUUCAGCCGAUUGGAUACGAAGACUCUUGACGGACGAUAGUCAAUGUCGAACGAGCGACAUUGACUUACGACGUGUUGAACGAAACGCCAACGUUGUUAAUCAAGAUCCGACAUCUUCAAUUACGACCGAAACCGCCACGGCGGCAGGAACUUCCGAUCAAUCUUCACAGCAACCUUCGCAACAGCAGUCACAACAGCAAUCUAGCAAUCAGGAACAACAAUUACCGGACGGUGUAGAUCCGUCGUUCCUGGCCGCUUUACCAGAGGAUAUGCGAGACGAAGUGAUCGCCGAACAUCUCAGACUUCAACGUAUGAGGCAGCGCGCACAAGCUUCUGUGGUCGAAGAACUUAGCGGACCCGUUGAAGUAAAUCCUGAAUUCCUGGCAGCUUUACCACCAGCGAUACAAGAGGAAGUUUUAGCGCAGCAACGCAUGGAACAACAACGACAUGCGGCUGCUUCGGCAAAUCCGGAAGAUCCUGUCGAUGCCGCAGCGUUCUUCCAAAAUCUACAACCUUCUCUUCGACAAGCUAUCUUGACUGACAUGGAGGACUCUCAAAUAUCCGUCCUUCCACCGGAUUUAGCUCAAGAAGCUCAAAAUUUGAGAAGAGAAUGGGAAGCACGUAAUCGACAUAUGAUGCAGGAAAGAUUUCUCAAUCAUGUUAGUCAAAGUAAUACCGCUCUCUCGAGCAUAUUAAGAAAUUCUGGUAGAGCUCGAGGAGGUGGUACCCGAUAUGCCAUUCACGCAGUACCACAAAGAUCUCAAUGGAGUGCCUGGAAUGCUCGAGGUGAUACAAAUAUGGCUCAUCAAGGAGCUGGUUUACGAUUAAGAGGUCGACAAUUACUUGAUCAUGAAUCGAUGGCUUGUCUAUUGGUGUUAUUAUUUGUUGAUGAGCCAAAAAUUAACACGCUCAGACUUCACAGAGUGAUUAGAAAUCUUUGUUAUCACGGCAGUACAAGGGAAUGGAUAGUAAAGGCAUUGCUGAGCAUUAUGGAAAGAAGUAAUGACGAGAGCAAAGAUAUCAUGGCAGAUUUUGGUGGAAAAUUUAAGAGAAAGGGAUUAUUAAAUUCUCCCAUGGAUUUAUGUUCUCCAAAGAUUUUUGACCAAAGAAACAAUACACAAUCGUGGCUGAAUAUUAGUAUUGAUGCUGCACUUGGCUGUAGAGCUAACGUAUUCCAUAUAGUACGUCAUGCCGGUAAAAAAUCUGAAAGGCAAGGUAAUAUUAUUGCGAUUCAUCCGCAGGCAGCACCUACCGUUUGCAGACACACCUUAGAACUGUUGAUAUCACUAGCCAAGAGUUUUCCUGGAUAUUUUGUGCCAAUCAAAUCUAAGGACUCAGACGAUAAAGAUACUAAUAAAGAGAAGGACGUAAGUGGCAGCAAAGAGGAAAGCGGAGCGAAGAAUAAGUCAGCGUCAAAAGUAGGAAGGAGUGAUCUUCCAGAUUUCUGGGAUUUGCUUCUGAAAUUGGAUUCGUGUGCGUCAAAGAAAGGAAAAUCUGUUGCAAGGACUCAUUCAAAUACCAAUUUGGGAAGUGAACCAGAACAUGGCACAACUACAUUUGAAGCUUCCGCAUUCGGUCAACUUAUCUCAAUGCUCAACUGGUCUGUGAUAAAACGAAGCAGUCAAUUGACAGAUAAGUUGCUGCGACUUUUGUCCUUGAUCUCUAUUGGCUUGACGGAAGUGAAUCCCUAUCGACGACAAGAUGGUGGUGCAAAGAAUAAAAAGAUGGAACUUAAUAAGGAUCAAAGUGUCGCUGCACCAGAAGGGCACCUUAAAUUGGCCGUGCAAGUUUUGACUAGUAAAAGUUGCUCUGAAGAUGGACUUGAAGAUGCAACUGCAUUGCUACUUAACUUGUCUCAUUGCCCUGAUCCUACCAGACAAUUGAUAUUAAAAUUACUCUUGGAGGGUGCAAUGGAAUUGGCAAAUAUGGUCUGUGAACAUAUCAACGAUUUGAUGAUGGAAUUAAAAGUUCUAAAUCGUGAAUUAAGUCGAAGAAAUUCCUUGGAAGAUCAACCAUCGACUAGUAGCGGGAAUGGACGAGGAAUUUUAUUAGAUAGAUUCACUAAUGAAAAUGUAGUCGUCACAGCACCGAGUAAAGUUAAAGCCGGAAGUGAUCUUCAAUUACCAUCAAUGGCUGCUCUCGUCAGUAAAACCUCUAGUCAGGCGUUCUUCUUGAGAAUACUUAAAGUUAUCGUGCAAAUAAGAGAAGCGGUGCGCUUAGCGAAUACCAAGAAAACAACCAAUCAAACAAUAGAGGCAGCCAUGGAUACAGGCACAACAAGUAAUGCAUCAGAGACAGUCGCCGACAAUGCGGACACCGAUGUUCCUAUGGAUACAACGCAAGCAAAUACUUUAAUUCUUGAUAAUUCAAAGACAUCUUCUUCUCGCAAUGAUGAAGAAAAAACUGCACUUCCAUUAUUGAGUGAGAGCUUAGUAUUAGAUAAUUUAUGGGAAACUCUUAGCGCUUGCUUGCUUGAAUUAGAAUACACUCCAGAUCAUCAUGCCGUCCUCGUUUUACAGCCUGCGGUAGAAGCAUUCUUCUUGGUGCAUUCCUCGUCGAGUACAUCUCGAGAUCGAGACAGUCGUCUUAACGCGACUAGUGAAAAUCGAGAAGUAGUCCCAGACUUAGCACCAGUUUCUCCAAUACUUUCGGAUAAUGAAGGUACUUCACAAUCGGAAGCUCCCACUAAUGCUUCCUGGGAUAUCACUCCAACUUUGCAAAAAACAUUGCCACCAGAUCAAUUAAAGUUCCUCAAAUUUGCUGAAACGCACAGAACCGUGCUCAAUCAAAUUUUACGACAAACGACUACGCACUUAGCGGACGGACCGUUUUCCGUAUUGGUGGAUCAUACAAGAGUGUUAGACUUCGACGUGAAGAGACGUUAUUUCAGAACAGAAUUAGAAAGAAUGGACGAAGGUAUACGAAGAGAAGAAUUGGCAGUCCAUGUUCGUAGGAGUCACGUUUUCGAAGAUUCAUUUAGAGAGCUUCAUCGUAGAAAUGCUGACGAAUGGAAGAAUCGCUUUUAUAUUGUCUUUGAAGGCGAAGAAGGGCAAGACGCGGGAGGAUUACUGCGGGAAUGGUAUGUCAUUAUCUCGAGGGAGAUCUUCAAUCCGAUGUAUGCCCUGUUCACAGUCAGCCCUGGCGAUCGUGUGACGUACAUGAUAAAUUCAUCUUCGCAUUGUAAUCCCAAUCAUUUGUGCUAUUAUAAAUUUGUAGGUCGAGUAAUUGCUAAGGCUAUUUAUGACAACAAAUUAUUAGAAUGCUACUUCACGCGUAGUUUCUAUAAACAUAUACUUGGCAUACUUGUGAAACAUACAGAUAUGGAAAGCGAGGAUUAUAGUUUUUAUAAAGGACUCGUUUAUCUUACCGAACACAAUAUUUCUGAUCUGGGAUAUGAAUUAACAUUCUCUACAGAGGUGAACGAAUUUGGUGUUAACGAUGUGCGAGAUUUAAUACCAAAUGGACGUAAUAUAGUUGUUACAGAAGAGACCAAACUUGAAUAUAUUAGGCUCGUGUGUCAAAUGAAGAUGACUGGAGCAAUUCGUAAACAGUUAAAUGCAUUCUUGGAAGGCUUUUAUGAUAUUAUACCCAAACGACUGAUCUCUAUAUUUAAUGAACAAGAACUUGAACUAUUAAUCAGCGGUUUGCCUAAUGUAGAUAUCGAGGAUCUUAAAGCAAAUACUGAAUAUCAUAAAUACACUGCUACGUCUCUACAGAUUCAAUGGUUCUGGCGUGCAUUACGAGGUUUUGAUCAAGCGGAUCGUGCAAAGUUCUUACAAUUUGUUACUGGUACGUCCAAAGUGCCGUUACAAGGUUUUGCCGCGUUAGAAGGCAUGAACGGCGUACAAAAGUUCCAAAUUCAUAGAGAGGAUAGAUCAACAGACAGGCUUCCAUCUGCUCAUACUUGUUUCAAUCAACUGGAUUUGCCAGUGUACGAGACAUAUGAUAAACUACGUACAAAUCUACUCAAAGCGAUUCACGAAUGCAGUGAAGGAUUCGGAUUUGCAUAAGUUUCGUGAACGCUGUCGUAUAUUGUAGCAGUUUAUCGUGCAUGUGUUGUCCUGCCUGUUCAGAGUAAACGUUACGAGAACUCGAGAAUUACGAGAGUUACGCGUUCAUGCGUCCACUCGGUGACACGCUUGAUCUUCAUUCAAGAUCUAAUGGAAAACUCGUUUAACUCGAUAUAUACAUAUAGAUGCACAGAUAUGUAUAUACGUAUAACUAAUUCUGAUGUAAUUACGUGAGGAACUGUCAAUGUGAGAUACCCGAAGCUAGGGUUUAUUUUGUUGAGGAUCUUGGAAGAAGAUGCUGAGCUUAACGAUAAUUCCCAACAAGGAAUGAUAAGGAGAGAUUAGUUCAGUUUUACGAUAAAGAUAAGCUAAAGAUAAGAUUCACACAUAAUUGUAAUAGUUAGCUAUAUUAGUUUGUCAUAAGAGAAAUAAUAUAGGAUGAAGAAAUGUAAUAUACUGCACUUUAAAGUCAGCGGAUAUGUUUUAACCGGUUCGAUAGUUUGAAUAGAAAUACAACGGUGGUAACGGUAGCCUGGUUCUUUACCAGAAAAAAAGCAGCAAAAGUAUAAGUGGACGAGUGCUUGCGCGAAUGAAAGAGAAAUAGAGAGUGAUAAUGAGUGCAAGUGAGUGAGCAAAAGAGAUUGAGAGAAAGAUAAAUAGAGAAAGAGAGAGAAUUAAUCGAGAUAUUGAGCCUAAUUAAAAGAUUUCAUAAUACGAAUGCUGUCCUUCCCUAAAACUGUAUGGUUGUACACACUAUUAGUAUUAAUAAUUAUAACUAAUUCUUAAUUAAUAGUAAUCAUUGAAUAUCAUUUUAAUAUUAAUUAUUCGAAAUGUGAUGUUAAACAAGUGUAAUUUCUUUUUCUUGAAAUCUAACGAAAUAAAGUUUACAGUUGAACAGACGUUACUUCAUAAAACGCAUCGAAUGGAACAAUAUUGGCGACACGCUAUAUAGGCACCGUUAUAGUUGGUUACUGAACUCCUUACGAAAUUGUUAGGGAAUUAUUGAUUAGGGAUCGCAGAAUAAAGUAAAUGUUGUAUUUCUUAUAAAAAAAAA